AUGUACCUGGAUAUGCAUGCUAAUAGACAGACUAGUAGGAACGGUGUCAUGGCCAAUGAGUGGAUCAAAUGGGUAUUUAAUUUGCUUUCGAAAAUUUGGACUCGUCUCGGCCACAAUCAGAAGGAAAUAUCAAACAAAACAUAUGAAGAAAGCAAGCCAAUCCAAGCUACCUCAGUCACCUCAGAAAUGAAGCACGCAUCGCUGCUUGGAUCUUUCAACAUUGUGUCCUACAACAUCAGAUACGGCAACGCGAAUGAUGGGGGUAACUCUUGGGAAUUUCGAAGGGACGCGUUCUAUCGAAACAUCCAAAAAUUGAAUCCUGACAUUCUCUGUCUCCAAGAGCUUGUGGAAUUUCAGAAACACGAACUUCUCGCUGGUGUGAGGGCUUUAGGAAUUGAAUAUGAUUGUGUUGGAAGAGCCAGAGGCCAUCACCCAGACGAAGGAGAAUACUCCCCAAUCAUGUACAAGCCAUCCGUAUUUGAAUUGGUCUCAUCAGGCACGUUCUGGUACUCAGAUACACCAGAUACGCCUGGCGGAAACACAUGGGACAGCGGUCUACCCAGGAUUUGCACGUGGGCUGUAUUGAACCUCAAGGCCGAACCAUCUGCACCACCAGUCAUCGUAUACAACUCACACUUUGACCUAUCAGUCAUAUCACGAAAGCGAUCCUUCCCAUUAUUAUUAUCAAAGAUCGCAGCCAAUGGCCAUGAUACAGAACCAUGUCUCAUCAUCACUGGAGAUUUCAAUAUCAAUUCUGAUGAUGAGUUCACACCACUUGAGAAGGCUGGUUUCAAAGAUUCGUAUGCCAUCAAACAUCCAUCCGCUACGGCUGCUGAGAGAUCAACAUUCCAUUACUUUACUGGAAAGCCAAACCCAAAUCAACCAAAAAUAGAUUGUAUCUUCUUCAAACCCAAACACAGUGGCCUCGUUAUAGAUGAUGCAGAUAUUGAUCGGUAUCACGAAGACAACCGCUUCCCAAGUGACCACUUCGCAGUCUGGACUCAUUUCGAAAUUAAAAUGUAA